AUGCGUCGCGUCACACGUAUACGAGCCCCAAGGCUCCUGGCUUCAUCAUCACCCUCGACGCCCCUUGUCUCCCUCCGCCCCAUCUCGACAACCGCCCCCUCCUCCUCCGACACGACCGACCGAUUCCGCAAGCUCCUCUGGAAGGGCAAGGCCCCGGGCCCAGCAGACCCCUACGCCCAGCAGCCCGAGUCGUCAUCAUAUCAACAACCGGACCUUGAGGCCUACGAGGCUGAACUCGCAGAGCUCGAAUCUCAGACGAGGGACCUGGGCUCCCUCUUCCCCAACGCCGCCUCCAGCAAGACACGCCCCAGCCGGCCCUUCUCCCGCCUCAAGACGAGCUUCAAACCGACGCGCGCCCCGGAGGUCAACGAUGUCGGCAUCAACGGCUACACGCCCGCCCUGUCGGCUGAGGGCCUCGAGGAGGUCGGCGGCUACGAAGGCUGGUGGGAGCGCGAGGGCCACUGGGGGCCCUGA